AUGAGGCGGCGAGUGGUGCACGUGUGUGAGGUGUGUGCAUCCCCCCGACCUCGGUCCUGGAGCAGCCAGCCCCACGGACAGGAGGCAGCCCCCUUGGGGCAGGGGCUCUCUGUCCCCAGUCACGGCCUGGCGGCCACUGUCCACCACAACGCGGGCCACCCCGCCCUGCAGCCCGGCCCACUGCCGCCCUCCCCUCCGCUGGCCCCCGGGCCGCAUCCGGGCACGCGGCUCGCUGCGCACGCUCCGCUUCUAGAGCACGCGCUGCUCGUUUUCGUUUCGGCCGGAAAACAAGAUGGACGUGAGCAGCCGUUCGGGGAGCAGACUCUCGUCUGCCACGCUCGUGAGCGCGGGGCCACCUUAGGUGCUGAUGCCACACGACAAACCCGAGGGCCCUCCCCGGGCCGCGCCCCUGCCAGGCGCCUCCUCCCGCCCGGCCCGCAGGCGGCCGGGAGCCCCGUGGGGACGCGCCCCGGGCCCGCAGGGUCGCCGGGAGGACCCAGCGCGGCGCCCGCCCGCCAGGCAGAGCGCAGGGCACAGCCGCCGCAGCCGGAAGCGGAACCCGCGGGCGGGCCCUGCCUGAGCGGAAGUCCCGGCGCGAGGCUCCGCCCCCUGCCUGCACGGAGCACCGCGGCCCCCGCCGACCCCCGCCCGGCCCCGCGCCCACGGCGGACCCCGUCCCGCCCCGGACCCCGUGGGCCCCGCUUCCCGCCUCCCCGCUCAGACCCCGCAGAGGGCGGGCCCCAGGGGUUCGCCCCGGGGCCGUGGGGCGUGGUCCGGCCGCGUCGGGGUCGCCCGCCCGACCCUGCUCCCUCCCCCAGCGUCCCGGAGGUGCGGACGAGCUGCCUGCUAGGGGUAGCGAUGGAUGGCCAGAAGCUGCCUUCCCAGAGAAGGACACCGGGGUCGCAGCCGUCCCAAGAGCACAGGCAGCCCUUUCCCCCACUGGGCCCGACAGCCGCUCGGGGCCAGCCCAGUGCCCAGAGCAGCACUCAGCAGGGACUGCAGACCCAGGACUGGGUGUGCGAGCCGCCGGAGCGCGGGCGCCCGGGCCGCCGCUGGAGCGUCAGCAUCGACGAGCGCCGGCGCCUGGCCGUGCCGGGCGGCCCGGGGAGGCCGGGCGCCGGGUCCCCCUCCCGCGGCGGGGACAUCAUGCAGACCGUGGCCCAGCUGGUGUCUGAGGACGUGGACAGGGACGUGCUCUUCUCCCACCCACCCGACUCCGCCGAGUCCAGCGCCUACCGCGCCUUCCUGUCCCGCAGCGCCACUUUCUGGCGCAAGGCGACUUUGAGGUCGCCUCCCUCUUAAGAACCGACUCGACCCAGUGUCUGUCCUCCAGCGCCUUUCCUUGGGGGUCCACCGGCAGGAUGGGGGUGAGGGGCCUCUGCGUGCCCUGCCAGGGGGUCACGGCCCACCUGCCACUGAGGAAGCAGGCCCGGGACCCUCUCAGGCCAGCUGCCCCCUCCCGGGCCUUGGAGGCCUGAGCAGGGGGCCUGGGGGGCUGCCCUGCCCCAGGCUGGCCCGAGGAGGCCGCUGGAGGGGCCUGGGGGGCCUGCCCUCCGGGUUGCAGCCCCCUGGGCCUGACUGGGGCGCGCUGGAGUGCAAACAGUGCUGGCUCAGGACCUGGCUCCUUGGGCGGCUGUGGCAAGGGCUCCCCCGGGACGCUGGGCACCGGCCUGCUUGAGGCCAAGCUAUGGGCUGAGGCCAGAGGUCCCAGGGGGGCAGGUGUUUCCAUGUCAUGGGCACUGAGGGGUCCCACUGGGUCCUGCCUCUGAAGGCCCAGAUGGGCAUGCGUGAGCCAGUGGGGUGCAGCGGUGGGAGUGGCAGGAGUGAGGGGUCCAGAGAGGUGCCAGACAGAGGGAGGUGCCGUGGAGACUUGGUGGUGACGAAGGCCAAGAAGGCCGUGGGCAGAGGGCCUGGGGCGGCUGUGGGGAGCCGGCUGGGGAAGUGGCCCCCAGGCCCCGGGCCUGCGGUGGUGACUGCCCUUUUCUCAAGCCGGCAGGAGGGCUCCGAGCUGGGGGUGACCUUCUGCCACGUAACCGAGCUCGUCCACAGGUUUUGGGGAUUAAGAUGAGGACAUCCUUGGGGAGGAGCAUCCUGCCUCCCCCCAGGCGCUGCUGUCGUCCAGUGGGGAGAGGCUGGGGUGCUGCUCGAGACCCACAUGCGCAGGGCAGCACCCCUGUCCCACGAUGACCUGGCCCGGAUGUCAAUGGUGCCCCAGCCGCAGACCCCCUGGGGGGGGAUCUGCACAGCAGACACGGUGGGCUUGUCCCGGGGGUCGCUGAGGCACGUGAAAUCAAGGAGAGGCCGGGGAAGCAGGCUUGGGAGUGGGAACGGCCCUGGGAGCAGCCGUGGGGACCCUUCCAGAGUGCCACAGCCCCAACGUGGCAGGACUCAACUCAGCCUCCACUGCCAGCGGACACUGCAGUGUGGCCACCCAUAUUGGAACCACGCACACCUUCACUCUGUCUCCCGGACAGCAGGCUGCUUCGACACAGACAGCGGUGCCCGACGCUGGCUCUGCACGGGGGGCACCUGCAUGGACGCCGCCCGCACACGCGUCCUUCUCCUCGGGAAGGCUGACGGGGACCGCCCUGCCACCUGCGCACUCCCCUUCGGACCGGGCCGUGCGGUGCGCCCACUGCCAGUACUUAGACCAGAGUCUUCGUUUUGAUUUACGUCUUUGUCGGCUAGACUUAAGGACUCUGUCUUCAAGCCCGGAAUGGUGCUGGAGAAACCAGAGGUCGGUGGAUCUUCUCGUCCUUGUAUGCGGUACGCUCUUUCUGAGAGACGGCUACAUCAGUCCCUGAAGUUUAGUCACAGGCAAGGUGGGCUUCUCGGGGACGGGUGUGGCCCUGGAAUACGCAGGCCCUGCUGUUCUUCCAGGGACACUUCCUUGCAGCAGAUCUUUGAAUACUUUCCUGACCCUCCGCUCCUGGCACCCUGUGCCUGAGGCCGGGUUUCUGGCUGUCCACCACUGCCGGCUGUCACCCUCACUGCAGCCUCCGGGGUCCUUCUGACAAAGGUCAGCUCAGGCCACUCAGAGCCCUCCAGCGGCAAAGCCAAAGUCCCCACAGGCCCCUCACUGGCCUACGUGGCUCCUGGCCUCUUACCCCGCCUCCUGCAACCCUCCUCUGACUUCCCAAAUGGUGCCCUCACUGUUACCACCCUGUCUCCUUAUGCUCGUCAUUUUGUCCACAAAGCACUUUUAUUUUGAGACGGAGUGUCACCCUGUUGCCCGGGCAAGAAUGCAGUGGCAUCAUCACAGUUCACAGCAACCUCAAACUCCUGGGCUCAAGUGAUCCUCCUGCCUCAGCCUCCCGAGAAGCUGGAACUGCAGGUGCCACCACCACGCCUGGCCAAUUUUGUCUGCAAAGCACUUAACAACUCAUGACUUUAUGUAUCAUUCAUUAUUCUCUCUCCCUUCCCUGCUAGAUUGUGAACUAUCUGAGGGCAGACUUUGUCUCCUUACUAAAAUGGUGUGUGGCUUGAAGUGGGUGUUUAGCAAAUAAUGGUUGAAUGAAUAAAUUAUUGCUUUAA